UGGCGCGUGAUUUCAAAGUAUCAACUGAUUGGUUAACCCAACACCCACCCCGGAAGUGCGCACAAAGAAUCAACAUGGGGACACGAUUAAAGGUGUUAAACGUAUUUAAAAAGCUGCACAGGACAAGGAUGGAUGUAUUCAAAGAUGAUGAAAGAGCACUGACGGCUGCUAGAUUAAAAAUCAACGAAGAAUUCAAGAAAAAUAAAAAUGAAACAUCAGAGGAGAAUAUUCAGCAGAUGUUAAAAAUGGGCUCGGAUGUGGAAACUGUCCUGCGUAAGACUGUGUUACAAGUGGAACAUGUUGGAGAAAACAGACUCUUGCUUCGGCCUCGAGAGAGCCUUCUGCUGGAAAAUGUACCGUAUUGCGAUGAGCCAAGAAAAAAGUCAUGACAAACUACAAAUCUGACUAAUUUUGUUCAUCAAGAAAGAGACCAUCUGUGAAGACUUUUUUUGCUGUUUAAAGUCAACAUUUAAAAGGUGUUCAGAACUUCCUAAGCAAACAUUUUCAUUAUUUACAAUUUUUUUAAAAUAAAGCUCGUUAUCCUGUGUGAAGAAACAUGUAUUUUAAGCUCACUGCUAUAAUGUUAUUUUCAGUUUUUUAUCAAAUGUAAUUUAAAUGUGUUCUGUUGUAUCUUGUGAUGAAAUCUGAAUAUACAAAAGUGACAGUCAGGACUUGGGCUCUGACUUCUUGUAACAAAAGAGCUACAUAUUUAAAAUGCAAUAAUUUCAUCUUAUUGGUUUGCCAUUAAUAUUUGUUUUUAAGACUGGGUUGGAGGAGGAAAUAUAUUUGUCUCUUCUGCCCCAAACGUCGUUGCAUUUGCUGCAUUUUGCCCUGAAUAAUAAAAAUUUACACGGUUUGUAACGUCCA